GAGGGGGGGUCAGGGGGGUGGAGAAAGUUGCCUGCGGGACGUCGCGUCGGUUCCGUGCGGCAAUGCAUCUCGCAUGUGAUAGCUUCGGUUCGUCUUGUAAACCGGUAGUGUUUCCCGAAAUAAGUGUGAAGUAAUGGAAACGCCACGUUAUUCGUGAGCCUGGUUCUGGAAAUUUUGAGGCAGCAUGACGGUCGACUUGAGCGUCGGCGCCGUGCCGGCACUUUACAAGGAAGUUCACAGCCUACUGAACCCGAACGACAGGAACGAAAUCGACCGCGAACUUUUCGGCCGGCUGCUGGCGUCGACGAAUCUUCCCAAGACGACGUUGGAUCAGGUGUGGGAGUAUGCUGGAGCCAAGCAAGGGCCUGUGACUCCAACAAGCCUGUACAGGAGCCUUGCACUCGUGGCAGUAGCACAGCAAGGCCGGCAACUGGAUGAGAAGUCUCUGCUCAAUCUUGAAGUGUUGCCAAAUCCAUUGCUGGGAAGUCCGGCAGAGCUUCGCGAGAAGCUGGGGCUGACUGGCCGCAAGAUGAUAAGCCUGGACCUGAAGUCCGGCGGCUCGGACCCUCGCAUCCUCAACUCCAGCUAUGCUCAGAUGGUGGCACAGGACACCAUCCGCGUCACCUUGGUUCCCGAGAAGAAAGGCAUCAUCCUCAAGCAUGUCGUCUACGAGGUCUCUAGUCAGAGGUACCAGUCUCGUGUGGAGCGGCGGUACAAUGACUUCGUGACGCUGUUUGACAUCCUGGUGCAACGGUUUCCUUACCGAGCAGUACCCCAGCUGCCACCAAAGCGGGCUAUGGCCGACUCGCAUUUCAUCGAGGAGCGGCGGCGGGCACUGAGACGUUUCCUCACGCUUGUCGCGAGGCAUCCUGUUCUGGGCUUUGACAAAGCGGUUAACACAUUCCUGACAUUUGGUGGCACGGACGUUCAAGUACGGCUCAAGGAGUACUGCAAGAAUGUGCCAGACGAGUUCCUUACCAGUGAUGUGGCACGUAGGUCGGACGAGCUCGUGUCGAGUGACACUACGGUACAGUUUGCCAUGGCACGUGAGCAGCUGCGCCAGGUGUACAUCUGUCUCAGCCAGCUGCGUGAGGCCUCACAGCGCAUGGUCGACCGGUCCAAGAUGGCCGCCGUGGACAUCCUCGUUGUCAGCAAGGAGUUCGCCACAUUGAGCAACAUAUCCAAGCUGGAAUCUGACUGGGCGACUGGCGGAAAUGAUGCCUGGAACAUCGUGCAGAAGGCAUUGCGAUCCUUACAGAGCCUUCUUGUGCCAAUUCAUGAAGCUCAUUCGGAACAGUCUCUUCAUGAAGAGGAGGAAGUUCUAGAAGAGCUAAAUUUAUUCCUAGACCUUCUAGUUGCUUACAAGGCAUUGUGUGAUCGUCACGAAAGCGGUGUUGUCCUUGGUCACCACAAGGCCAUCAAUAGAAUGGUGAAGAAGUCCUCAAACUCAUUUGGAGCUGUGGAUCCGAUGAAGCAGGCGCAGGAGCUCGAACACCGGACACAGUUCUCCCUGCACUGUGUCCACCUGGAGAGCCAAAUGGUGUACGCCCACAUGGAGGCACUGGGCGGCAUCACCCGUGCCCUGGUCCGCAUACAGGCUAACGGCCAUGCCAAGCUGGGCUCCCUAUGGAGCAGCAUGGCACCUGCUGUGGCAACCAUGGUCCCAAAUGCGGCAACUCAAGUGCCGCAAUGAAGCAGUACACGAGACCAGCGACUGUUGUCACCAGAACUCCUCCCGUCAUUUCGCUGGCUUCAAGGAGCACUCCACACAAAUGGCCAAAAAGGUGCACAAGCUCUACUAGCUGCAGUUGUGUGGACUUUCUUCACGGCUGCUCGAGCAGGAAACACUCUUCAGGCACUGUCCACGAUGUGUUGCUGCAGGCCUCAGGACAACGGCGCAAUACGUGUGUUACCACGAACUGCAUGAUGUGGCUUACGGCAAAAACAGAUAAGAGUUAGAGUAUUUUCAUGUAUAUUUACCAGCACCAGGAAUUUUAGAAGCUUUAACCCUUUGAGUGCAGAGUUUUUUGAAGGUGACGUACCCCAAGUAUCUUUUUUUUUCUCAGUACUACAAGAUUACACAAGUUUUUUCUUUUUCUUGAUUAUUCACAUGGGAAGGAGCGACUCGAAUAACUGAAGAUGCACUCUUGAUAUGGUCCUCACAUCCCCACCUUUGUUUUUAUCUCCUACCUAGCUUCAUUUGGAUGCGUGGACUUUUGCGAUAGCACCGCAGUGUCAGGAUAAAAAAAAAACCUUCCAUAAUCAUAGAGCAGAUAACAGAAACACUCAAACGUUGUGUCCUUUCACUACAGUGCAAAUAUUUCAACGAAGAAUUGCUGCAGUAGCAGUCAGAAACGUCUGAGAGUCGCCCUCCUUUAUGUGGAUGUACGCUCCGCUCGACGAAACCACGUGGACGACGGGGCACGUUCCGAAGCACGUUACACCCAGAUUGACCAAAUCAAAAGAGCUGAGAAUACAUGCUUGUAGAAUUAGAGAACAGAUGGCGAAACUACCUCGGAGAUAGACUACUUCAUGUUACUGCGCACACCUUGCUGGUGGGAGUGGAAAAUGUACCAGUAUGUCAGUAGUGCUGAAAAUAUUAUGGGCAAAGUGCAAGCGUGGAGGUUACACAUGUGAAUCUCCUUGCUCUGACAUCACAGCAGUAAGCUUCACCAUUGCCAUGAAGCUGGAACCACAUUUUAAGAGAGCAGUGAGAGCAGUGAUGAUGCAACUUAUAGGAUAUAAAUUUGUUUCUGGUGCUCUGCUUUGCACAAAACUUAGUGCAGGCCAUUUUGUAAGGAUGUGAAAGUCAUAUGGUUACUUGCAUGGCUUAUAUGUGUGGUCAAAAGCGUGGCAGUUUGGGCAAGUUGGUAUGUCAUGACUUUUUUAGGCUUGUAGCGCAGCUCAAAAAAGCAAAAAGAAAGGCGGAAGGGGUGUGUGGAUUUGUUCUUUGCUAAGUGUCGUACAGUUGUGCCUCGAUAUAUUGAACAUGGAUAUAACGGAUAUAGAAUAUAACGAAGGUAUUUUCGUGUCUGAUCGAACUUUGUUUUAACGAGUUUCAACUGCACCUGGUGGUGCAGGUUAUAUGUGCAAGAAUGAAGUAAACGUGUGUUAAUACUUUGUCGCGUGCGAAAACCCCAAGGCCCAAAGACUUCGCAAGAGCUAUAUAGAUAUGCUUUUUUUUCUUGUACAAUGGACUCUCUUUAACACUGUAUAGCAAAAUUCAUCAAGCUCAGCAGUCCAAGGACCUUUGUUAGGUUUCUCAUAGAUUUAAUGCACUUUGUUAAGCAGAGCUGGUGAUGCAUAUUUUUCCAAGUUGCUUUCAUGUUUGAUUUAGAGGGAGUCCAUUGCAGUUUUGUUAAGUUUGACAUUUUCGCUCCAUUUUGUAGGCGUUUUCAUCACGCUCCGACGUCUUUUAUGUGACUUGAGACACGUUGCUCAGUCGUCCUGGCGUUGAUAUGCACAGUGCUGCUUCUUUGGUCAGCAUUAAAAAUGUUGCACAUUGUACAUUAUUGAGGUGCUGUAGAACAAAAAUCAAAUGUGCCUUGGUUCAAGUUCAAAGUAAAAUAACAUUUAAGUGUUGAUUGCACAAAGUGAAUAACGUGCCUUGAAAUACACUUGAUGGUUCUAUCACUUUCAGUGAACUUCACCACUGUACUCAUAGAACUCAACAUUUUAUACAGUAUUUUGUUCACACCUUAGAUGCUCAUGUAGGAUUUAGAAGUGAAGUGCAAAGGUUCACUUAGUUUCUUAGCAGUUCUUUUACAGUGGUACAUCUGAUGAACUGCACUUACAAGGAAAGCUGUUGUUUUUGUCACCUUCGCCAAACAAGGUGAUUCAGCAGCUUGUUGGAACUCGACUGGCGCCAAAAUAUGCUGAGUCUUUGUUGUUCUGGUUAUGCGUCUUUCCUUCCGCAGGGUUCAUAGCAGUUCUUAAGCCUCUUUAAAACCAUCUACUGCCAAAAUGUCAUUUCGAAGUAGUUGCAUAUCCUUAAAUUUAGCUUCUGGCCAAGCAUGGCAGAUUUUGUCGGACUUUCUUUGAACACCUAGCCACAAAGUCGGUGCAGCCUAAAAGCCAAUCCAGCUUAAUUAUGCACAUCGAGCGGUGCUGGCUCAGUUGCUACAUCCUUUCCAUCUACUUUUCGUGUUUGUGGUCAAUGAAAAAUGUUUUGCUUGUCGCUGAUAGUUACCCUGCGUCUACUACAAACAAACACGUACCCUUCACCCGCCCGCCUCCACCUUAUAUUUCCGGACGUCUACACUACCCCCAACUGCCGGUGCUGUGGAAUUCACCCGGCUACGCUUUCGCAUAUGCUAUGGGAGUGCCCAGCACAGUACGCACAGACUAACACCACGACUCUCUCGUCGAGGUUGCAUGAGGCUCUGCGGAGCUCCACCCUCGACGACCAAACCUGGGCGACCCAGCACGCCCGCGAGGCGGCGGCGAGGCAAGCCCUCGACGUCCCUUCGUGGGAGGCGUAGGCCCGGCCAUCAUAAAGUGCUGGUUCUGCAAUAAAAGUUUAUUCCUCCUCCUCCUCGCUGAUAGUUCUUAUAACUUUUAAAUGUUGAAAUAUUUCAAAGGGGUUGGCUGGACGGCCUAUAUAUAGGAAAGGGAAGAAAGGAAGGACGAAUGAUUGCAAGGAAAACUAUCACUCCCAGCAUUGCAUGCAAAGUCCAUUAGGGACAGCGUCGUAGCAAGCAUCACAUUAUCAUCGUUGUGUACUGAAAGAUUAAAGAUUUGUGCUGAAUUUAAUUGUAGUGAGGACACUGCCUUAACAUCUGUUCAACUGUCUUUUGAAUGCCUGUUAAGCAGGUGACCGUGGUGUAGGGGUCAUCCUCCUUAGAGUUUGCAGCUUCACCAUUGACCUCCAUUCUGGAAUUGUCCAGUUCCUUGCUGUGUUCAUGGCCUUGGACCCUUCUAAGGUGUAAAAGUGGCGUCUACUGAGUAGUGAUGUCAUUUGGCAAACAUGUCCACUCUCGGGGCACAGCCAGUGCACGCCUUAGGGAUAACGCUGCUUCAGUCCUCGAUUGUACUUUUCCAUGACCCUCAGACUGCUAUGAACCCUGCUUCUCAUGUCCUCUAAAUCAAGACACUUUCAGAUUCUGUUUAGCGCUUUCACUCUUACACUUGCUGCUGGGUCGAGGCGUGGUCGCAACAUCCACGGGAGUGGAAAAGUGAAGAGUUCCCAUUUCUCGUCAUUUGGCAUAGGAAUGGAGUCUGUGGGAAAGCUGUUACCUCACACUGAGCAUACGGCUCAACUUGGAGCGUGUGAUGAAUUUCAAAUGGUGCAAUAUAGGCAGAAUGGGGAUGCGUGCAAUGCUGUAAACUGAUUUUGGGGAACAUUCAGAGAUGCCUUACUAAGGGACAGUGAAGAGAAAUGUCAAAUUAAGCUAGAUUGGUAGCAUACACUGCUAAAUUUGCAUUUAUAUUGGUCAGCCUUGCCUCGGAGGAAGGCUUGGUAAGCCAGAAAGGAUGUGAUAGUGAGACAGGUGCCAAUGCUAGCUCAAAACUCCUACUCUAUGCAACUUCAAGUUCUCCGUGCCAGAAGCUAAUUGUUGACUGACAAAGAAAGGUUGCGUUGCAUUUGAGCGUGAGCAAAGUCUCAAUCCCCCUGCAACUUGUCUGCAUUUUUCCUGCACGUGAAGUGUGAGGAUAUGCCAAUGUAUUCAAAUACGUGCAACAUCAUGCCGACGUUGUUGAACCGCAGUUUGGGCAUGAAAUUCAAAUAGAAUCUAGCUUCCGUUGGCCGCAACUAAUAAGCUAUAUUUUCCUGAAAGACGUGUAUACUAGUAAACUUUGAAAAGGACACUCUGCCAAUCUUAAUUUAGUGUUUCUCUUAAUUGUCCCCAUUUAUGUCUUCUUGUAGAAAGUGUUGCUACAGUGAUGCGAGUAGUAUGCACACACUGUGUGACUGAGCAGUUCCUUGUGAUAAUAAGCGUAGUGUGAACGCUGACAGUUGGUGCUGCUGUGUUGCAGUUAAAGGGACAUGCAGAGAACAGACAUUGGUGUUACUUUGCAUGCAGUUGGGUACUACCAACUACCAGUACUACCAACAGCAUGUAGUAUGGGUACCACCAUACUCGACUGUAAAAUGAAGUUUUUUAGCCUUUGUGCACGGUAGUGUUGAGCUCAUUCUUUUGAAACACUGGAUCUGCACACACAAUUUACAAAGCAGUUGAAGUGCACUGGGUGUCUGUUCUUAAAGCAAAAAUUUCUGCCAGCAGUUCAUGGUGACACUGCUUUAUUAAGAUCACCUCUUGAAUAAUCGUAAAGAUGUAGUACCAUUGAUGUCUUAUAGGCUCUGGAAUUACGUUCUGUGAAGUAUGUAUGUGUUGAAAAGAAUUUGAGAGGCUUUGUCUAGAUAUUCGCAGUAAUAAGUGUGGCACAUCAUUCAAGGGCAUCCUUAGCAGGUCAAACUGUAUUUGCAAGUUGCUCUAAUAGCUCCAGAGGUGAAAAUGGUCUUUUUUGUACAGGGGACAAGUAGUUAUGCAUUGUUCAGGGGCUGGCUGCAUUAGCAGUUUCGUGCAUAUAUGCCAGAAAACUUGCAAAUUGACAUGGCUGGUGUCGACUGGUGCAGACUGGCCAAAGCAAGAAUGUCAGCUUUUACCUCCUGCAACGAACAUUCCAGUGCUGUUUUCCUUCUGUGUCCAGGUUAUACCAUAAUACUAUAUUGCAAAGUUGCAAUAAAGAAUUUACAUAUUUUCAAGUUGGCAAAAA